AUGAAGUUCCCUACCCUCCUUGCGGUCGUCGCCGCUACGCUCCCUAUGGCAGCGCUGGCCGAUUUCGAUAUGUGGGAGUCCACUGCAGUGUUCGUUGGUCCGCUCAAGGUCACGCAGCCAUACAUUGAAUACGGCAAAGCCCUAUGUGAAGGAAGGGGAACCAUGGCGUUCAACGACAUCAAGACCCUCUGGUGCAACCACAGGAUCAAGUUCACGAACGGUUGUGCCAUCAUCAAGAACUGUGCCAAGGAAGGAAAUGUGCACCAGAUAAAGAACGGCGAGAAGCUUGGUGACUUGGAAGACUGCGGUGGCGGCAAGCGCGGCGAAUGCUUUGCAUGGCACGAAGCUGCCUCCGGAAAGUCUUGUUCGGGACGCGAGGGCAGACUCAGCUACGGUCGCGUUGCUUGCAAGACGUCGUUCUUCGACGGUAAGAACGCUCUAGGAGAGAUGUAG